CACUCGUAUCUUUAGCUGGAACAUCUCUCAUCGUUCAAUUCUUUGUCAUUUCUUGAAAUGUCUGCACCAAUUUCUAAAGAAUUUGACAUUAUAAUUUUUGGGGCAUCUGGCCUUACGGGCCGCUAUGCUAUGGAAGAGCUGUCCCAAUGUGUAACUGAAUCUUCUGGACUGAAAUGGGCCAUCGCCGGAAGAAAUACUGAGAAACUAAAAAGAUCUUUAGAAAAUGUUCGAGAAUCCUCACCAAAAGAGACAGAUAUAAGAAGGACUCCAAUUAUAAAAGCAGAUGUUCAAGACCCUUCCUCUAUACAUGAAAUAUGCAAAAGGACGAGAUUGUUAUUAAACUGUGUUGGUCCGUAUGAUGCUAUUGGAGGAGAAAUGAUAGUGGCGACCUGUAUAGAAUGCCGCACUCAUUGUGUAGAAAUCAGUGCAGAAAUCAAGUAUCUUGACAAGGUACUAGCAAAGUACUUUGAUUCUGCCAGAAAAGCGGGCGUUUAUAUCGUCCAGUCUUGUGGAUUUGGGAGUCUACCAGCAGAUUAUGGUAUUGCCCUUCUGAUGAAGAAAUUUGCUGGCAGUUUAAAUUCUGUAGAGUACUUUGUCGAAAUUCUCGAGGGACCUCGGGGCAUAUCGAUAGGUUUUGGGACUUUCUCAUCAUGUGCUCCAUCAAUGGUAGAUUAUUUCAAAUACGAAUUUGAACAAGAUGUAGAGAAAGUCGGCAAACCAUCUUCAUUAAAUUCAAGCUUUUCAGUAAAGAAAUUGAUUAAAAAGCCAUUGGUUAAAUAUAGCUUCAAAGAGAAAUCGUUGUGCCUCAAUUUCCUCGGCCCUGAUAGACGUAAUAUUGUACAAAGCCAAAUACUUCGUGCCAAUGUUUUAAACAAGAAGAUGUCAAUUAUUGAAACAAGAAGCUAUCUCAAGCCACCAUCAGUAUUCAAAACAGUAUCGUAUAUAUUCAGCUUCCUAAUUGUAGCUGUUAUGCAACUUUUUGCAGUAGGAAUAUAUUUAACAAACAAAUACCCUUCUUUCUUCACUCUUGGAAUGUUCACAAAAUCGGGUCCUUCGAGACAACAGAUUCUAGAAAGUGGAACAAGAUUCACAUUUUAUGCUGAUGGAUGGAAGAAUAAAGCAGAUGCUGAUAUUAAAGAAACGCUGAAACCUGAUAAGAAAUUAAAGCUGAUUAUCAACGGACAAGAGCCUGCUUAUGCCUUAACAGCAGUAUGCAUGAUUCAGUCCUGUUUGACGGUUCUCUUCGAGCAAGAAAAAUUGCCACUAGAGGGAGGAGUUUACCCAUCAGGCUUUGCAUUUGAAAAUACAAACAUAUUGGAAAGACUUGAAAAAAGAGGGGUGACUUUUACAUUCGAAGAAAUGAAAUAGUUUUAAGAAAUUUUAAAUGGAAAUUGUGGCUUUAUUUUUGUUACUUUUAAAAAUGUAUAUAUUUAUUUUUAUUCUGUUCAUAAUAGAAUUUUUGAACAAAAUGUAUAAUUUAUAAUAAUUUGAUCCUUUUGCAUUGACUAAAGAAACAAUUUUUCUUGA